UCCACUAGCCAAUGGCUGCGGGAGGUAUAGAGUUUUGGGGAGUGCAUAUAAUCAACAUAUUAUCGAAGGUGCUUAGAUAUUGAUCCUGUAUUUCGGGGUAGUUCAAAUUCGCCUCUACUGGACCUUCGGGUUUGACCUUAAUCUUUCCGUGCUUGGUGGAGAAUAAUUGACGCGUAAAAAUGCCGAAGAGAAAGUCUCCAGAGGGACCUGAGGGCAAGGAGGCCUCCAAAGUCACAAAGCAAGAGCCCCCCAGAAGGUCACAGAGAUUGUCAGCGAAACCUGCUCCACCCAAGUCUGAGGCCAAGCCCAAGAAGGCCAUCGUCAAGGUGGCAGACGAUAAGGGGGCGAAGGCAAAGAAAGGCGGCGCUAAGGGUAAGAAGGAUGACGGCCCCGCCCAGAACGGAGAGACCAAGACCAAUGAGAUCUACGUGUCUCGUCCGUCUGUCAGAGUGUCUUCCAACAGAAGCAUGGCUCCCUCCUUGAUGUCAGUGAGAGGGCAGAGUGAGACAGUCAGAGUUAAGGGUAACUGAAGCAGCGGAGGAGGCGACUGAGGAGAAGGCGUAAAGACACGGGCGCGUCCACCGACUCGUCCCCUCUGACUCCAUGGCAGCAAAGCAUCUUUUUUUACUGACGAUUUUUGUACCAUGCUGAAUUUUUUUUAGACUUGUGAUAGUAGAGACGGACAACCAGCAGCCCCUUUUCCAUAUAUUCACACUCCUUUUAUCUCCCUUACCUACAGUAUGUUUUGCCCGGAAUUGUCCUUCCUCCUCCAUUCUGUAUCGCAGAAAGACAGAAUGAUGCGUUUGGCUGUGGUCGAAUAAGUCUUUUUUUGCUUAGGAAGUUUCCUAACUGAGUGAAAUGACCCGGAAGUAUCUAAGUUGCAGCCAUGAUAAGAGCUUGUCGAAUUCUCUAAAUGCUAAGGAAAGUUGCUUUAAUGCUUCAUUUCUUAUCUCCUUGAGGAUAGGGAACACAGGACCAUCCUUUACGAAAGGAAAGGAGAUAAUGCCGUCCCACAAUUCGUUGUGGCAGCAACAUUUAAGUGACACACCAUUCGGCCAUUCACGAAAACAAACACAACAUGGCCGACAAGGUACGCAAAUUAUCAUGUAAGUUACUGUAUAUAGCCUGCUUGAAACAAAAAAGUAAGAACGCACAGGGCCAAGUAUCUAAGAUGCACUUUUAGUAGUCUAUCUUCAGUACCGUUGUAGUUUCACCACGGCAGAUCCGCGUCAGUAACAUUCGCGGUUGCACUAAUUACGUAGCCUAAGUGCAGUCGGAUUCUCUGAGCACCACGGUUGGGAUUUCCUAAGUCCUUUUGAAUUCUCCUUCACAUCUUUCUUUGACCUCAUGACGUUUUCCAUCGAGUUUUUGACUAUUCGACCGCAACCUUUUUAUCAGGCGGCUGCAGAUGUUCUUUUACUUGCCUAAAGGGGGCCGUAAACAGGACUGUUAUGAUCUCUAAACCAGCUCUGCCAUAUUUGUAGUCUCUGAAAGAUCAUUAUUGCGUUUGGCACUCUGACUAAUUCCCCCCUGAUGGUUAAGGUGAGGACUUGUGGAUGUAUAUCAGCAGUUCAGAUGCAGAGCUACAAGAAACCAAGUUCAUAGUCGCCAUGGAGAACAUCUGCAGCUUUUUAAAAAGAUCUUAGUUUUUUAGAAUCACCACCAGUGUUUCACUUAGCUCCUUUUGUACAUGUGUGCCGGAGUGAAUGUGUUUGUGGGUCUUUGUGUUUGACUUUAUUUCCCAUUUUAUUUUUAUUUUUACCCCCCUCCUGAGCGCCUUGUCCUGCAGCAGAGUGACAUAGCAAUAAUGAGUGGUGCUUCUGUUCUAGACGGCUCUAUUGGCUUUGGACCCUCUGGGCUUCUCUGAGUUUCAUCCUGUUGGGAGAAUAUUUUGAAAUAAAAGGAAAAAGUUGAUGUCA